AUGUCAGCGUGGAGCAGGACGAAGGCGACCCCAGAGCUUAAGGAACACAUAUUCGACUAUGUUGUCUACCGCAACUGGAAUAGGACACUGGAUCGGCUCUUUUAUGCCAUCCCCUCGGGAAAAGUUGAGGGUUAUCUCGGCGGACAUUGUGGUCCCAUUUUUGGAACCGAGUCUAUUCUGGAGUUUGACGUGAUUGAGGGGGUUGGAGGAGUUGACGAUUCUGGUGAGGAGCAAGAGAUCGAGUGA